AUGACAAGACUUACAGUGGAACAGAUUGAAGAACUGCUCAAUUUGUUACACCCUGCUUUAACAAAAGCUAGUAUGCGAGAAUUUUUGCAUCCUGAAUUCCGUCUAGCAUUUACAUUAUGCUUUCUAGCAUCGGGGGACAGCCUUAAUUCAAUGGCCAGAUACUGGCGCAUAGGCAAAUCAACAAGUUAUAAAAUAGUUAUAGAAACAUGCAAUGCCAUUUGGCAAUGUCUUAAGAAAACGUAUUUGAAGCAACCUUCUGAAGAAGAGUGGAAAAAUAUUGAAAAAUGCUUUUAUGAACGAUGGGAUUUUCCAAACUGUAUCGGGGCUUUGGAUGGAAAGCAUAUCCGUGUGCAAUGUCCGCCCAACUCUGGCUCAGCAUACUAUAACUAUAAAGGAUACUACAGUCUAGUAUUAGCCACAUGUGACGCAAAUUAUGCAUUUACCUUUGUAGAUAUCGGAGAUUAUGGAUCACUAUCAGAUACAAGCAUUCUUAGUGUAUCGGGAUUUGGACAAGCUCUAGAACAUGAUGAAUUAAAUCUGCCACCACCAAAGUUAUUGCCAAAGUCAACAAUAUUAGCACAUCACUACUUUGUAGGUGAUGAAAUUUUCCCGUUGCGCUUAAAUCUUUUGCGACCAUAUGCAAGGAAAAACUUAUUGGGAAUCAAACAAAAAGUUUUUAACUAUAGACUCUCAAGGGCACGACGUACUAUUGAAAACGCUUUUGGAAUUCUCGUAACUAGAUGGAGAGUACUAAGAACUACACUAGCCAUGCACCCAAAUAAUGUAGAGGCUGUAAUUUCUGCUGCAGUCUGUUUACACAAUUUCAUCAUGAAAUGGGAAGAACAUACUAUCGGAUUCCAAUCAUACUGUCCACCUGGUUACGUAGAUCAUUAUAAUGAAGAUGGAAAUGUUGUUUCUGGUUUAUGGCGAGAUGAAAACGUUCCUAGAUGUAUAACACGACUCAAUCGAGUAGGAUCUAACCGUGCUGCAACAAUUUCAUUGGAGCAACAAGAUACGAUAUCUGAAUAUUUUAUGACAAAUGAAGGACAGAUUCCUUGGCAAUGGUAUAUUGUGUACGCAGAGAUCGCAUAA